AUGGCAUCACGGUACAAGGACAAGGAAACGGGCACCGUCCUGCUAUCUUUUGGAGGCCAAUGGGUUAGCUGGACGCAUACCGCCGUUGCAUAUGCCGCUUUCCUGAGCGCCCUCAUCGUCGGCGUCUCGCUCCACUUUCACAAGAUCGUGCAAAACGAGUGGUAUGGCUACCCCGAGGAGUGGUUCCCUUCUGUCUCCGCGACUAUUGGCGAUCGGUACCCCGAGCGGUCCAUCUUCAUGCUCUUUAUUGCCAUCACGUCAGGCCCGAGAUUUGCGCUCGUCGGACUGUGGUAUCUCCUGACAGCGAGGCCUGGGCGGACACUCCCAAAGGCCGUUGCCAUUGCCGGCCUCAUUCGGACGCUAACGUGCGGGGGGUGGACAUACAUCACGUCGACCGACGACCAUGACUGGCACGACAUCCUGAUGAUCUCGUACCUCGUGUUUACCAUUCCUUGGACCGCCGGCUGUCUCGCGCUUAGCCCUCCCAACGCGAAAGCGAUCAAGUACAGGAAAUACCUUGCCGGUGCAUUCUUUAGCACUUUGUUGCCGUUGGUCUACUUUUUUAUCCAACACAAGGUCCACCGGGUCCCGGGAGCAUAUACCACAUACGCCUUUUUUGAGUGGUCGCUGAUCCUGUUUGACGUUGCCUUCGAUGCCGUGACGGCGCUGGACUUCAGCACCUUCGAACUGGUUAUCCGGGAUGUCAAUGGAGCGAACAAGGGCUCCAACAAGUCCUCCGUCUCUGCUGCCGUGCCUGAGAAAGAGAAAGAGAGCGCCGCACUAGGCGUAUUUUCGGCAGGCUUCAGGCUUGGCAACGCCCUCGAUAUUGCGGCUGAUGCGUAUCAUGGCUUCGUUUUUUGGUCCGUCUUGACCAGUUUGGGCGUCGUUGUCUGGUACUUUCCACUAUGGCACAUGGGCAUCUCGGGCUACGAAGCAUUCGUCAUGUCGACCAUCAGUCCUGCUCUGCUGGGGGUAAAGUCCAUACGCUCCUUUGUUAUCAGCAACCAGCGCGUGUUCCAUCUCCUUUCCCUAACCGGUCUGCUGGCGUACCUGGUAGUCAACCCAGCCAUUCGGCUUUUCAUUGUCAGCUUCGGCGUCUCAAUAGGCUGCCUUGCGUGGGCUGCGACCUGGUUUUCCGACUCGGUCCAUCCCGCCAGACUAGAAGCUCGCAUUCUCGCGUGGAUGGUCGGUCUGGUCAUGUCGUCCGUUGCCAAAUUUGCUUGGUACACCAACAAUCCCAUAUGGCCCAUUAUGCACGGCGAUAACGGUGGCUGGAAUGCCACUGGCCUUGCUCUGGCCUUCUUUGCGGCUCUGCGGUUCACCCGAUGGGCGUCUCUGCAGGCUGAAAAUGCUGUUGAGAAGAAGAGCGGCUCGGCAGUGCUUUCUGCUUUCGGUAUUGGUGGUUUGUUCUUCGCCCUGCAUUCCUUGUUGUCCGACACUAGCACCAUGAUCCUUUGGGUUUGGGACGGGUACCCGAUCCGCGGCCCGGUGUCGAACGUCCAUGCCUGGUUCACCAUUGCUGCCAUGACAAGUGGCUUGGUGAUUGGGACCUUCAGGCCUGGGCUCGUCGCUACCUGGACGGCGUUCGGGGUUGGCUCCAUUGGCGCCGCCGUGCUCACCCUUUACCAACAGUGGUUUGGCUAUUAUGGAGCCUUGGCCUUGGCGACUUAUCUAACGGCUAUUUCGGUGCCUUUGAUCGCGAACGCCUCCAAGAAGAACCCUGCCACCGUUUUUGGUCUCGGCUUCUUUAUCUACAACUUUCUAGUUCUCUUCCAUGUCUGGGUCGUUGCAUAUGCUUUUGUCCCUGGCGGGCCUCUAGUCCGCGAACAUACCGAUUGGAUUAUGAUCACCACGAUGUUCUUCAUCGGAGCCGGUGUCUUUGAUCUGAUCUCGGAACAGGCGAGUGCUGGCAAGGCAAAUAUCCGUCGCCGCCUUGGCGCUUCCGGCCAUAGGAAGUACCACGUUGGCAUCCUCGGUCUUCUCAAUAUUUUGUUCCUCGGCGCAAACUACCUCCGCUUCCCUACCAACGACUAUAAACCGUAUCACGCCGAGGACCGGCUUUUCACAGCUGGUAUCUGGACCAUUCAUUUCUCUCUGGACAACGACAUGUGGUCUUCAGAGUAUCGGAUGCGUGACCUCAUCAAGGAGUUGGAAAUUGAUGUUGUCGGUUUGCUCGAAUCGGACCUGCAGCGCGUCAUUAUGGGCAACCGCGACACGACGCAGUUCCUUGCCGAGGAUCUUGGAAUGUACGUCGACUACGGCCCGGGGCCCAACAAGCACACAUGGGGCGCGGCGCUUCUGUCCAAGUUCCCCAUCCUCAACUCGACGCAUCACCUGCUCCCAAGCCCCGUCGGCGAGUUGGCGCCCGUCAUCCACGCGACGCUGGAUGUUUAUGGCACACUCGUAGACAUCUUCGUAUUCCACUCGGGGCAGGAAGAGGAUGAAGAGGACCGCCGUCUGCAGUCCGAGUACCUCGCCAACCUGAUGGGUAGCUCGCCGCGCCCGAGCGUCCUGCUGUCCUACCUUGUCACAAACCCGCUCAAGGGCAACUACAACACAUACGUCUCCGAGACCAGCGGCAUGCACGACGUGGACCCUUCUGACUGGGACCGCUGGUGCGAAUACAUCCUGUACAAGGGCCUGCGCCGCACAGGCUACGCCCGCGUGAGUCGUAGCACCAUCACCGACACCGAGCUGCAGGCCGCCAAGUUCGUCGUUCCCCACCCAGGCGAUGACAGCGCCCGCGUCUGGGUAGCCUCGCCUAAGCAGCGAGACAAGAAAGCUUCGGAGUCGGACGUCCCUCCGGGUUGGCGCUUCCCCGCUUUGUUCAACGGCAAGGGCGUCCGAGGCCACUUUUACCACGUCUUUAACGAGUCGCGGUAUUACAAAUACUAA